UUUCAUAUAUAACGUGCCCUGGCCUUUUCUAAUACGCUACAAAGCAGAUGUCUCUGUGUACUGCAAGAUUCUGCUUUUUUUCUUGACUCUGUCAAGUCUGUGAAUUGAUUUUGGGAUGUGGCAAGAUUGGGAGAGCGCUGAUCUGCCAUCCCUGAAAUAGGACUGUCCAAAGUAUAUCUGAAGCAUAUGAAUAGAUAAGUUACUUGAAAUUGUAUGUUAGAAAUUGCUUGUCAGCUGUAGCCUUGCGUUCCCAUUUUUCUGCACAAGGGUAAUGGGCAAGCUCAAUUCAUAGAUUAUAUAUUGAGUGAAGCUUUAAUUUCUUUGGUAAAUUCUGUUACAACCUAAAUGUGGCAUUUCUUGCAUAGUAUUAUGUUUGUACCUGUUGUUUUUCUUCUUGCUCUUGCGUUUAAAAAAAAAAAAAAACCAAACAACUUAAAAGCUAGCCUCCUCACUUUCUACUGUUCUGAAUUAGAUUUGGCCCCUUUGCUUCCUCUGCUUUCUCUUCCAGAUAGGGCUGUUAAACUGCUGGGAAGAAACAUUCCCUCCAUUCAGAGGAUGACAAAAGGAAUGGAUCUGAAGAUAAACAGAAGGCUUUGCAUUAAACCCCAGGAAGAAAGUCAACAUCAGCCAAGAAGUCGGUCUCCUUUGAGGGUGCCUGGACACAGGCCUACAGACUGGGAGAAAAGAUUUUUGCUGUGGGCAGGCAAUUUCAAAAAACCAGAGGACAUACCAGAGACUGUCUCGAUUGAAACAAUCAGAGCAGCAAAGACCACACUGCGUGUGAAGUUCAGCUAUGUAAUGAUUGCCUUGACGAUACUGGGAUGUAUAGUCAUGGUGAUUAAAGGGAAGCAGGCUAUAAAAAGGCAUGAAUCUCUUACAAGCAUGAACUUGGAGAAGAAAGCUCAAUGGAGAGAGGAAGCUACUCAGAGUACAUCUGCUAAACCUUAGAGGAGGAAACGAAGAGACCAAGGUCUGGGGAAGAAAAGCUGAUGUCCUUUUCAGCACUGAAAGGAGGAUAGAGUCACAUCUUCCCUGUAUGUUAGUUCUGUACUCUCAUGUUCAAGAAAGAAUGAAUACAUUAUCCUGUAAUCAUUAAAACCAGAAAUACCUACUUGCUUUUCCCAACAACCUCUCCUUUCCUCCAAACUGUCGUCUUCACAGUUAGUGAAACAGGACAAGUGAGUAAACUCUGUAGAUGGAAUAGUUGUUUCCCACAUGUGCUAUGCACAAGACUAAGCAUCCUUCAAAAGACUGUAGGAGCUGUACCUGCCUUCGUGGUCCUAAUGUCCACUAUGAAGUCUUACGCUCGCUCUUACCACUUACAAGAAGAUAACCGGGAUGCAAAAGGACAGCCCGUUCGUUUUCCACUUGUACAAACAAAAUACCUUUACUGGGCAGUCACUUGCUGUCACUGACUUUUACAGGUCCCUUCAGGAAGAAUGGUGCUGUAUGUAUUCUACGUUGUUACAGGCUGCCUAAAAUAUUCUGUAUGUUCCUCUUUGUGUAAGGGGAGUCCUUGAGUCAGGAAUAAUUGUAUGACCUGCAUAAACACCAUCAAAAUGAUCAUAAGUUAUUAGAAAAUCUGCUUACCUGUUUGAGGUCCAAUAUAUUCUGGCUGCAUUUGUUUAAGUACGCGAAGGAUUACUUUUGGGGAAGAAUUGCCUGCCUUUGAUUAAGAACAAAAGGGGGAGUGAUAGUGAAAUGGCAUUCCAGAGAACCAGUGUGUUGCAGAUGGCAGCCUAAUGUUUUUUACACCAGCCAGAGCUGGUAGUUAGACGAAUGUCCAGGCCACAGGAAUAGAGACAAGUAUUUCAAGGAAUACUGAGCAACGGCUUCAACGUUAUGUUAUCAGAUUUACUAUUUAGAGGCACAUGAGUAUGACCGAGUCAAUCGGGUAUUCCUGUUCUCUGCUGCUGAGCUCUUUUUCUCCCAAACCUCAUUUGGAUUUGCAUUUUCCCCCUUUAAAUUGUCAUCUGUACUUUCCUGAUACUAGCUCACUGAAAAAUCACCUGCCUCUAGUUUUAGAAGCAGACCCAGUAAUACCUGCAAAGAGCAACUCCCAACAGUCCCAUUUCCGGCAUUCAUCCCAGAAGAGUCACGUACUGUUCGUGCUGAGCAGCCUGCUGCAACUGGAGACCAGUAUUUUUCCUCCUCUUUUCAGUUUGUUUGGAAGGAAACAUAGAUUGGGACUGUCAGGACUGUUUGAAACUGUUACUUCGCAGGACUGCCUCCUACCUGGCCACUGGGGACACCACAAACAAGAGGCAGACGUUUGACAGAUUUAGUUUGUUAACUUCCUGAUAGCGGGAGGCUGAUUUUUUGUUUUUAAGCUUUUUCCUGGUUAUUUUUCUCAUACUACUAAAAAUUAGUGCUAUUGCUGAAAAAAAAUUGAAAGGCCUACAAAAAAUGCAAGGUAAAUCUUGUCUUUAUACCUGGAAAAGAAAAGCGGUACGAUAUCAAGUGCAGUCUUCUCUAGUACUUUGACCUUUCCUCCAGAGCUAGAAAACAACUGCUGCAGUCCACCUUUUUAUGAAUUGCAUUUCUGGGCACUGCUUGUAUUGAUGAGAGGUAACCAACCAAAAUCCACCCCAGAAGCUAUAAACUUCAGACGAUGCCACAACCUGUUACCAGAUUAUCUAUAAGGCCAUUACCACAAGCAUGCUGUCAGUCAAACAGAGCAGGCUUCCACAGAUUUGUCCAUUCGUUUAGCACUGAAUGCAAGGCGUGCUUAAUUCCACUGCAGGUACGCGGACAGAUCUUUCAUGACAGCUCUGGUUCUUUGCCACACUGGUAAGCACACAGGUGGGAACCAAAAAAAAA